AAAUGCUACCUAUCAGAUUGUGAUACGUUACCAGCUUAUUAGUCAUGUGGUUUGAGGCUUUUAAAAUGUCCACACCUACCCGCUCACUUUACCCUAAAUUUACCCUUAAAACAAUGCAAAUAUAUUUUUGGUAACGUUAGCACAAUCUGAGAGGUAGCAUGUUUCGUCGGUUCACCGGUCUGCAUUGCUAAUAUACUUGUGCUCUGUAAACGUUUCGUGUUUAAACGAACGCGUUUUGCACAUAGACGUGGGAUUUUGCAAUAAUAAGCCAAUUAUUACUUGAUUUAAAAAUAAAACCCGCUACAAAUCACUACAGACACGUGCGAUGCACUUUUGUAGUAAACAGAUUUUGGGCUUUCAUUGGCCAGUGCCGACAAAGUGCACUUUAUUGUCAGCCAAACAGAAGCGCACAGUCUCUGGACUAAAUCUCCCUUUAUCUUUACUGAAGACAGCACAGAACCACCCGAUGCUGGUGGAGUUAAAGAAUGGUGAGACGUACAACGGCCAUCUGGUCAGCUGUGACAACUGGAUGAACAUCAACUUGAGAGAAGUUAUUUGCACUUCACGGGAUGGAGAUAAAUUUUGGAGGAUGCCGGAAUGUUACAUCAGAGGAAGCACCAUUAAAUACUUACGAAUCCCUGAUGAGAUCAUAGAUAUGGUGAAAGAGGAAGUAAUGUCGAAGGGACGUGGCCGGGGGGGCAUGCAGCAGAACAAACCGCAGGGAAAGGGCAGAGGAGGCGGACCUGGAAGAGGUGGUGGAACCGGCAGAGGUAUUUUUGGUGGCCGUGGCAGAGGCAUGACGGGACCUGGCCGUGGACAGCAACAAGACAAAAAGCCUGGAAAACCACAAGUUUGAUCAUCAUCCAGAAAGAGUGAGCUUAAUUUGAAAUGGACGUCCUGAAUUUCUGUGAAGAUUUUAAUUUGGACAAGCUGAUGUAAAGAUGCUCUUCCAUUUUCUCCAAAUAAGUUUUUAUUUUCUGUUGUGUCACAUUUUGGUGCAUGUUUUCACAUUGCUGUUUUAAGUUUUUUUUUUAGGUUUUUUUUUGUGCUUUAAAAUACAACCAUGGUGUAACUUGAUGUGUAUAAUGCACUUGUGAAUAAAUCAUUUUUGUUAAAUAUU